CAUGGAUAGCUGAAUUGGGAAUCGAGGGCUGAAUUUCCGUUAACUCUCGUUCCCAGACGUUUCGCGCUAAAGUCAUGGCUUCUCCGUGGAGCUCAUGAUCUUUUGGAACAAGCCACGAACGAGCCACGAACGGAACGACGGAGGAAGGACGGAAGGAGGAACGGAACCAAACUCAGAGCGUGGGACCACCAACGCCUCACCGUCCGUCACUCUCCACGACCUCGAGUCAACUUCACUACUUCAGUCAUAGACCAAGUAGGAUCAGUGGAGAAAAGCGAACUAUUGUCUCUUCCAAAGGUGUGGAAAAACGAACGUAGUGAAAGCCCGGCUAAUUCUCACAAUGAGAUUAGCGGAGAUCCAGUUGGAUAAUCGUGAAAUUAACGUGUCUGCAUUCUAACCGCCUUCGGAGCUAUGGUUUAUUCGAGUGACUCUAAGGUGUCAUUCUCGAAAUCGCUUUACUAGUAAGAGAUAAUCCAGCUCUUCCUUCAUGAGACAACUUGUUAGUGCUGAUCUUGGAAGGUGAAUUCCAACUGGGUUUAGUAGUUCUCCUGUUCUUGGCCGUCGGUAUUGGCACUUGGCAGUCAAAAGAAGGCGGAACAACCAGCUAACUUGGACUGAAGCUCCUCUUCUCUGUCACUAACUUUUUCAACAACUUUGGAUUACUAACUCGGGCCAUCUAUAUGAAGAUCUGAGACUCAUCAAUACAUUCACAUUGAUGCCUGAACAAUGAUGGUCGAGAGCAAUUGUCCAACCAGACAAAUCCAACUCCCACGCUGUAGUUCUUCGAUUUAGUCAAAGAUUUGAAAACAUUAUCCUCCGACGAGUGUGUUCUCUUAAUCAUCAUCGCCUAAUGGGCUUGUGUGAGGAAGAGAAGGCUUCAUCAAGGUUGACACGGAUCCCCUCCUCAUUCUCAUUUCUCUUUCUGGCUCACGCCUUUCAUCUUCCAAAUAAGAAGCAAUGUGACAUUGUUAAUCCGCCCACCCACCCAACCAAGACAACUAAGAGCUAGUAGCAGAGCGGCCAAGGAAACCGACUGGAAACGAGCCAUCGACCUCAGUAUGCGCUCCAUUCGAUUCUCGGAUAAAGUCCUUUGUGAUGAUGACGAUGACGGCGAAGGUGUUGGAGUGGUGGGAAGAAUGGGAGGCGUUGCAAGUGCUACCUCAGCCACGCCCAGAAGAAAUGGAUUCGCUUUGCGAGAAAUGGGCCACCAAAGACGGAGUUCCUCGUCCAGACUGGAAAGAGGCUAUCACAUAUCCUCGGCAGCUUCAGACACUUCUUCCGCCGCGGGAUUCGGAGUCAUGCCCUCCAUGCCACGCCGAAGCAGCAACAACAACCUGGAACGUAGUGGCCGCGCCAGUGCUUUAGCGCGCUCGUAUGCCGUUGACAAUGAAUAUGAUCUCAUGCCGGCCUCUAUGAGCUUUUCGGGAUCGGGAUCAGCCUUGUUUCCACGCACCAGCCAGGAUUAUCCCGAUGAUUUGGAUUAUCGGGGAUCGAUCCACGGGAGCUCGGUCACGGCCAGUAGCCCCUACUCGCCCCGGAGUGCUGAUAGUAGUAGCUACCAUGGGAGCAAUCGUCCCUCCAGUGCCGUCCCAUUGGAACCAAUACUGAAGAAUGGAACAUUGCCGCGAUCCCACUCACGGGCCAGUGCUGGCUAUGGUACCCUGGAUAACCGCCCAACGUACAAGAACCCCACCGCUAGCUAUAUUCCCCAUUCAUCCUCAAAUCAACAUGAUUUCAAUGGAAGACCCUCGUCUAGAGUGAACACGUAUGGAAAUGGAUCCGUUGUGAAUGGUUCCAGUUCGAGCCGACUCAAGCCACCAUUGCCGAACGGAAAUGGCCUAGGAACUUGUCGAAAUGGUGGCGGGAAUGACAUUCCACCCACUGUAGGCAUUUCGCCCCUCAACAGUUCAGGGAGAAAUGUCAAUCUCCACCACAACACUAGUAGUCCUCACAGUAAUAACAAUACUAACCACAUGAAUAGCAACAUCAACAACAACAACAAUCACACAAAUUCGACUAAUUACCCCAGAAGCUUGCCAAAGACAUCGCCAUCCAUGCAAAUCAUUGCCACCCGUCAUCGACCGUGUUGUGAUUGUGGCUGCCUUGGACACUUGGCUCGUCAAACAUCAGGGGCAAACACGCCCAAUGGGCAGCAACCUAUUUGCGUUCUCUUCAGUGUCUUUCUCAUCGUAUCUCUCUUGCUGGUGUCGGGGAUCAUGCUCUACUUAAGAGGGGAUUAUGUGACCAAUCUCCUGUCCUCGUCACCUCCGUCAUCCACUUCCUCGUCCUCGUCUUCGUCGUCGACGACCUCGUCCAAACAUCAUACCGCACUUUCCACUAAACGAUGCGACGAGGGUCUGUGUGCCUUUGGAGGCGUGUGCGUCUCCACUGCCACUGGAGGGAGUCGUUGCCAGUGCGAAGAUUCCUGUCCAUUUGUCUACAAUCCCGUGUGUGGAUCUGAUGGUGUCACCUACGAUAACGAAUGCAAGCUCAAAUUAGCCGCUUGCCAAAAGAAGAGGCUCAUUCGACAAGUGGCCGACGGUGCUUGUGGUGGGUUUGAUCCAUGCUCAAGCCUUACUUGUCCCCAAUAUUCCAUAUGUGUUCCUGCUUAUGACGGGACCUCGGCGUCCUGCCAAUGCCCGCAACAUUGCUCAGAAGACGUGGUCAACCAGGUUGUCUGUGGCACGGACGGCCGUGAUUACGCCUCCCAAUGUCACUUGGAGAAAGAGGCCUGUGAGAAACGACGAGAAAACUUGGAGGUGCGUUUCCAAGGUCGAUGUAACCCUUGCCAAAUGCUCAGCUGUGAUUCAGGCACGGAAUGCCACCUCGUUCCCGAUGAUCCAAUGGACGAUCAUGCUAGGGAGGCCAAGUGCAUGUGCUCCAAUAACUGUCCUGACGAUUUCGUUCCCAUUUGUGGCAGCAAUGGAAAAACGUACAUCAAUGAGUGCGUCAUGAAAUUGGAUGGAUGCCGUCGACGGUUGGAUCUUCACUUGGUUUACACGGGAAACUGUAGCUCUGGCUUGAAUCAGUGCAAAUUGCUCAAUUGCGAGUUUGGUCAGGAAUGCGAGAUCAACAAGCAGGGGAUAACCAAUUGCAUUUGCCCGCAGAGUUGCGAAAAGGUUGUGCGACCGGUUUGCGCCUCCAACGGGCAGACUUAUGACAAUGAGUGCGAGAUGAAGAAAUAUGGCUGCAGGAAAAAGAUGGCCUUAACCAUACAAUACAUAGGCAUCUGCGACUCCAAUGGCCCGUGUUCCAAACGAACCUGCAAUCAUCAUUCCAUCUGUGUGGAGAGUGAGGAUCUGGCUUUUUGUGAAUGUCCCAAGUGUGCGGAAGAAUACGCUCCUGUCUGCGGAUCCGACGGUUCCACUUAUCACAACGUCUGUAAGCUCCAAAGAGCUGCUUGUCAACAAGAAACUUCCAUUGUCGUCGUGGAACAAGGACCGUGCACUGGUUGUGCCAAUAAAACCUGCGAUCUCUAUGCUGUUUGCCACGGCGAUGGUUUUGGAAAUGGUCUGUGCCAGUGUCCAACUUCCUGUGAGCAGAUCCCCAAUGCAGAUGACACAGAACAGGUUUGUGGGACUGAUGGCCAGACCUACCCUUCUGAAUGCCAUCUUAAAAUGGAAGCUUGUCAGAAGCAACAAUUCAUUGUGGUGGCCAAUUAUGGGAGCUGCGAUCUUUGUCGCGAUGUCCAAUGCAAACACGGUGCCCAUUGCGAAAGUGGGGUUUGUGUGUGCCCAACCCAUUGUCCCAACGACGUCUUUGAGCCACUCUGUGGAUCUGACCUCGUGACGUAUGCCAAUGAAUGCGAAAUGCUUAAAAGGACCUGUCAAAAGGAUUCUCAAGUGACACUAUUACACCAUGGAACCUGCACGCAAAAUAAUGAACUCUCUGAACCCAUCCCUCCAGUGCCUUGCUACGGAUUGCAUCCAUUAAAAGACGCUACCACUGGCUUUGAUCUCGAUUGUGGGAAUGUGCCUUAUCGUGUGGACUGUCCAUCAAACAGUUACUGCCAUCUGACCUCGAAAUUUGCCAAAUGUUGCCCUAAAAGCACGCACCAAUGUAAUGACCUCUCUGGUCAUUGUGACUGUAGACCGGGAGUAGGAGGAAGGAAAUGCGAUCGUUGUCUCCCUGGAUUCUGGGGCAUAAAGCUCAUUUUGGGCGGUUCCAAUGGAUGUACACCUUGUAGCUGCUCCCCAUUCGGUUCGGUUCGGAGCGAUUGUGAACAAACCUCGGGGCGAUGUGUGUGCAAGCCAGGCAUUCUUGGACCUAAAUGUGAUACUUGCCCAGAUGGAAUGAAAGUCUCUCCAAUCGGCUGUGAUGGAUUGUACUUCCCCUUUGGAGUUGAGACAAAAAAGUGCGGAAACGAGACGUGCAAUUAUGGUGCUCAAUGCUCGGAUGAAUUGACUUGCACGUGUGAUAUCGAAUGCCCUCCUGACACUCAAUUGACUCCUGUUUGUGGCAACGACGGCAACACCUACCGAUCCGAGUGCCAGUUGCUCCAAUAUUCGUGUCGUUACAAGAAACACGUUCUCAUUACCUCCUACACGCCUUGUCGAGAAGGGCGACCUCCAUACACCUUUUCGCAAGCCUUUAGCACGAUGAGCCCCUCUCAUGCUAACUACGUUCCCUUUGAUCAAUUCUCCACGGAUCUGUCACCCAAACCAACUUCUGACAGAUAUCCAGAUGCACCGUAUUCCUUGUAUAAAUCCACUCGGCACAUUUCGUCCUCGAUAUCGUCUUUCGCGACCCGCAGUCUCGACCUCGACGGUACGGCCUAUGAACUCCAGGCGUUUGCUCCUACACCCACGUCCAUCCACGUGUAUGGUCUCUUGGGAGACGUCUGUCUUCACAGGAGUGAUUGCACGGUGUCUUAUUCGAUAUGCUGGAACCGACGAUGCACUUGCCCGCCCCGAAAGUUUGUUCCUAGCCCGGAUGGUCGGGUCUGCACAUUCGCUCCAAACAAUGUGGAUGACCUUCAAAACAAUCACCCAGUCAUGUUCGAAGAGAGCCCUUGUGCACACAAUCCCUGUUUUGGUGGUGGAACAUGCGAGGAACAUGAUGGGACUUUCACUUGUUUUUGCCCUUCAAACCGCAUUGGAGAUCGCUGCGAGCGAGAGCUGUCGGAGAGCGAUGUUCAAGUACCGUCCUUUGAUGGGAGGCUCUCAUAUGUGGAGCUGGAACCGCUUGAAAAUGUUGAGCACAAAUUUAGUUUGGAGAUUGAAUUCAAAGCUCGAGCCAUCAACGGGAUUCUGAUCUACGCUCAAGAAAAGCCGAACGGAUUAGGCGAUUUCAUCUCCGUUGCUCUGAUUGACGGUCACGUGGAGUUUCGGUACAAUUUGGGCAGUGGCGUGGCAGUAAUGCGAACGAUGAAAAAGAUCUCUCUGAAUCACUGGCAUCGUGUUCAAGCCAAACGAUGGCACAAAGAUGGAAUGCUCAAGCUCGAUCAUCAUGAAAAUGUGGAUGGCUCUUCACAGGGGACUCAGCGAUCUCUGGAUAUUGCAGGGGCCUCUUUUGUGGGUGGCAUGCCAUCUCUACCAUCCUCGCAAGUGCUCCUCAAUGUUGACCUGAGUGCAUCCAAUUACGCCUUCGAAGGGUGCAUCCGUAAAUUUAAAUUGGGCUACAGGGAAGUCAAAGUGCAAUCCGCUUCCGAGCCCUCCAGUGUUCGCCGGGUGGGCUUAAGGGAGUGCAGUGAGGGUCUCCAAGGAGGCACCGACCCUAUGCGGGCGGCCUGCUCUGCGCAUCAAUGUGAUAAUGGAGGCACUUGUGUCCCAAUGGAUGGCCAGGUUCAAUGUCUUUGUCCGCCCAACUAUUAUGGGGAACACUGUCGAGACGUCAUUGAAGACCAGCUCUGUGCUUCAUCGCCGUGUCUCAAUGGAGGCACUUGCAGCGAGUCUCCUAGCCGACAUGACUUUUAUUGUAUGUGUCCUUUGGACGCGACCGGACGAUUCUGUGAAUUGAAAACCUACCAGCCUCCUGUUCUUCCUUCAACAACAGCCACCUCGACCACAACAACGAGCCCCUCAUUGGUUUCGCAACCACCCUCAAUGAACCCUAUUCAUGGCCAGGGACCGGUUGUGGUCCACAAUGAAGUGUACAGCACGACAGCUUCGGCCUCGUUCUUUGUGCCUCGUUUUUCGGGGAACUCGUUCCUCGAACUGCCUACCUUGCGCCAUGUCGGCAAAAGUUUCCAAAUCGAGGUUUGGUUUCUAUCCCUCAAGCCUGAAGGCAUGCUCCUUUACAAUGGCCAAAACUCUAAUGGCCAUGGGGAUUUUCUGAGUUUGAAUCUAGUGGAUAGUCACGUCCAGAUGCGAUAUGAUCUCGGCAGUGGUCUAGCCAACCUUACCACUUUGGAACAAAUCACCUUGGGGGAAUGGCACGCAGUGAAGAUCACUCGGAACGGACCGCAUGGAACAAUCCAGUUGGAUCAAGGCUCACUCGUGAGCGGAGCCUCGUUUGCCCCACUCACCGAGCUAAAUCUCGAGCUUCCCCUUUUCCUUGGUGGAUUCAGGUUUUCUUAUUCACUGAGUCGCGAAUCGGGGAUAUUCUCCGGUCUGGAUGGAGCCAUUCAGCGACUGAUCGUCAAUGGCAAUCUCAUGGAAAACCUAAUGGACCAUGUUAAGGACUCUCAGAACAUUGGCCACUAUGUGGGUCCACCCUGUGAGCAGACCCCAUGCCAAAAUGGCGGAGUCUGUCGCCCAUUCUAUCGCUCGUAUACUUGUAAAUGCAGCGGGGGAUUCGUGGGGCAAAAUUGCGAAAAGGGAAUUGGCCAAUUCAACAAGAGAAGUGCCGUACUUUUUGAUGGCCAAACCCAUCUGUCGUUCAUGAACAAAGUCAAUAAGCUGGGGCCAGACCUUGAACUCCCGGACUUUGAGAUUGAGAUGUAUGAUAAACAACCAAAUGCCGAAGAUAUUUUUGAUUCCGAUCUCGAUCAUCUCUUCUCACUGAAGGAGUUCAUGGACUAUGGCGAAGACGAUGAUUUGCCAGCGGUGCAUACUUCAGGACGAACCAGUGAGAAGAACAAUAAGUUCGCCCUCACCAUCCGGACAUCGGCAACCAAUGGUCUUUUGAUUUGGACCAGCCAAGGAGCUGCUCUUCGAGGCGAUUAUCUGGCCUUGGCCAUAGCCAAUGGAUUUCCAGAGUUGAGUUUUCGCUUGGGGAAACAUGAAGCGGACGCAUUCACGAUCAGAGCAAAGAAACGCGUGGACGACGGGAAGUGGCACAAAAUUCGCGUUUUCCGCAAACGCCGUAUCGGCGUGCUUCAGAUUGACGAUGACAAGCCAGUUCGUGGGCGUGCGGAAAAGGGGGCAUCCGUUCUGAAUACGGAUGGAAAAGUGUGGAUUGGUGGAAAGCUAACAAUCCCAUUUGGUCUUCCCAUUCAAUACUAUCAAGGCUUCCAAGGUUGCAUCAAGAAAAUCAAAAUCUUCCGCAAAAGGUUGGACUUAAUUCGAGACGGAAAUAACUCGAACAUUCAGUUCUGCUCUACCCGCCAUCCUAAAGCUUGAUUUGUCCAUUCCGGAUACCAAUUCAAUUGAGGCCCAUUUACUCAGCGGAUGAUUGUCAACAUUGAAAAUUCGCAUCGUUCGUACUCACAUCGUACAACUUAAAGACACUUGAUCAAAGUGGGCUGUGACUUUUCCUCGUACCUGAAAAAAUAUGACUUGUCCAGGAAUUUGGAUAAAUAUUGGUAAAUUUUACACGUGAAUCAACCUUGCCAUUACAUAGGGUUUAGAAUGAUAGCGUUUAAUGCGUUUAAUGCGUUGUUGAUGCCGGUGGUAAUUAAGUUUAUCAUGAUAUCGUUUCAUGCCAAUAAACAAAAUAUUAGGAUAUAAACUUUCAAGUGACGGACCAUUUUUAUUGAUGCGAA